CUUCCUGUUUGUAACUGUUGUCAUUUCAUCGACUUGAUGCCUGUCGUUCGGCAGGGAAUUCUCGCUGAGAUUAAAUCUUUAAAUUGUCACUGCUCGUCAAGAUAUCGGAGUGAACAAAAUGCCUCCAAAGAAAAGGAAAAACGACCAAGACAACACCAACAAUGGAUCUAAAAAGAGGAAAUUGCCUGAUACUUUGUCUGCAGGGAAUGACACACUGCCUCAAUUCCUUGAAGACAUCAGUGUUUUUAUUUUACCAGCAAGUAUAGAAAAAGCAAGGAUGCAGAUAUUUAGGAACAAUGUAGAAAAAUAUGGGGGUGUCAUUGACAAAGAGUUGACUACGACGACUAGCUACCUCGUGGUUGAUGAUAAAAUGGAGCCAGAAAGGCUUUGUAAGCUUCUCAAACUUGAGAAAGCACCACCAGCCACUGUUGUCAAAUCUUCAUGGUUAAGUGGUUGUUUUCGGACGAAAACAAAAAUUGAAACUGAGGAUCACACAUUAGAUAUAUCAUGUGUCUUUACAAAACAUGAAUCACCAAACAAUUCUGACUCAGAAGAAACGUCAAACACAAUGAAAUCGGAAGAAAAAGUGCCAACUUCAACAAAACCAGAGUAUGCAAAAGCAGGAGUUAUGUUCAAUGCAUUCAGAAAAGCAAAGAAUGAAGACCAAUUAUCUGACAGUGACUAUGUGCAGAGUGAUGGAGAAGAGAGCGAAAUGGUUGGUCAUAUAAACCUGUUUACUGACAGUGGAGUUACCUCAGCUGGCACAAGCUCAGCUGAUACAACACCUAAUACGUCUCCCAUGAAGCAACUGCCUGUUGACAAGUGGAUUUGUGCUCAGUCAUCCAAAAGCCCAAAGCCAAAUUUAAAUAAACAUAUCACAGAUAAAUUAGAGGAAAUGGUGAAGAACUAUGAGAGCACAAAUGACAAGUGGAGAGCAUUUGGUUAUCAGAAAGCAAUACAGGCUCUGAGACGACAUCCUAAACCGAUAACAACAUGGGAGGAGGCACGAUCGCUGACCGGUGUUGGGGCCAAGCUGGCAGACAAGGUGUGGGAGAUUGUGGAGAGUGGGGGUCUGCGUAAACUGGAGGAGUUCAAGUCCAACGAGGAGUUGAAGAUACUGAACAUGUUCACAGACCUGUGGGGCUCCGGACCACACACAGCCAGGGUCUGGUAUCAACAGGGUUUUCGAAGCCUGGAGGACCUGCGCACCAAGGCCAACCUGACCCACCAACAGAAGGUGGGGCUUCGUCUCUAUGACGACCUGCUGGACCGCAUGCCGCGGGAGGAGGCUGGGGAGAUCGAACAAGUGGUGAAAAAAGCAGCCGAGUCUAUCCACCCUGGCAUCAUAGCUCAAGCGUUACUACAUGCAGGGUCAUAUCGUUACGGGCAAUACAAGACAUGUGGUGAUGUGGAUGUCCUAGUCACCCACCCAGAUGGGAAGUCACACCAGGGCGUGUACGGAAAACUCAUCGCCAAACUCAAGGAGGAGAAGUUUCUGACAGAUGACCUUGUGUCAGCAGAGGACAACGGCAACCAGAAGAAAUACCUGGGCGUGUGUAGACUCCCUGGGGAGAAUAGAAAGCAUCGACGGCUGGACAUCAUCGUUGUACCUUAUGAUGAAUAUGGCUGCGCCCUUGUCUACUUCACCGGCUCUGCCCACUUUAACCGUUCCCUGCGCCAUCUGUGUAAGAAGAUGCACAUGUCUCUCAACGAACACGCCCUCAAGACUGGAGUGGUCCGGAAGGGAGGUGAGAAGAUCUAUGAUGGCACAACAGUCCCCACCCCAACAGAGGACUCUGUGUUUCAGGCCCUGGGGGUGCCUGUUCGACCCCCGGAAGAGAGAGACCACUAGCUUCCACACUGGCACAUCAUGCAGUGUGUUAGUUACAGAACUGUAACUUGAUGUGAACAGAACUGGAAUUAGAAGAAACUAUUGUCUGGAUGCAAGAAUUGAAACAAAUUUCUUUGAACCUAUUUGUGAAUAAUGUAUAAUGCAAAUGUGCAAUGAAAUGAGACUGAUAAUGUGAUUCAUAGUAGCCAUAUUGAUAAUGAGGAUACCUGGUAGCCAUAUUGAUAAUAAGGAUACCUGGUAGCCAUAUUGAUAAUAAGGAUACCUGGUAGCCAUAUUGAUAAUAAGGAUACUUGUUACCAUAUUGAUAAUAAGGAUACCUGGUAGCCAUAUUGAUAAUAAGGAUACCUGGUAGCCAAAUUGAUAAUAAGGAUACCUGGUAGCCAUAUUGAUAAUAAGGAUACCUGGUAGCCAUAUUGAUAAUAAGGAUACUUGUUACCAUAUUGAUAAUAAGGAUACCUGGUAGCCAUAUUGAUAAGAAGGAUACCUGGUAGCCAUAUUGAUAAUAAGGAUACCUGGUAGCCAUAUUGAUAAGAAGGAUACCUGGUAGCCAUAUUGAUAAUAAGGAUACUUGGUAGCCAUAUUGAUAAUAAGGAUACCUGGUAGCCAUAUUGAUAAUAAGGAUACUUGGUAGCCAUAUUGAUAAUAAGGAUACCUGGUAGCCAUAUUGAUAAGAAGGAUACCUGCUAGCCAUAUUGAUAAUAAGGAUACCUGGUAGCCAUAUUGAUAAUAAGGAUACCUGGUAGCCAUAUUGAUAAUAAGGAUACCUGGUAGCCAUAUUGAUAAUAAGGAUACCUGGUAGCCAUAUUGAUAAGAAGGAUACCUGGUAGCCAUAUUGAUAAUAAGGAUACCUGGUAGCCAUAUUGAUAAGAAGGAUACCUGGUAGCCAUAUUGAUAAGAAGGAUACCUGGUAGCCAUAUUGAUAAGAAGGAUACCUGGUAGCCAUAUUGAUAAGAAGGAUACCUGGUAGCCAUAUUGAUAAUAAGGAUACCUGGUAGCCAUAUUGAUAAUAAGGAUACCUGGUAGCCAUAUUGAUAAGGAUACUUGGUAGCCAUAUUGAUAAGAAGGAUACUUGGUACCCAUAUUGAUAAGAAGGAUACUUGGUAGCCAUAUUGAUAAGAAGGUUACCUUAUAGGGACAGCUUUCUUCAGCUUGUCAAGAUGUAAGGAUGCAGAGUGUGUGACCUUGAACCUCAUUGAAGGUGGAGUGGAUAUUGGGCACAUGUUUUCGGAUACAACUAAAGAUUGCAUUUUAAAUGAGGUUUAUUGUGAAUGGUUCUGGUACAAAAAUGGUUAGGUAUGUAAUAACAAAACAUUUGAAAGCUUUUUAUGAAAAUUGUAAUAUGAAAAAACAUUUUAGUUUAAAUCAUUUCUAUGUGUGUGUAAAGGAAUGUGUAUGUAAAUAGUAUGCUGAUAAAAUUCUUAUAUUUACAUAUUUAUUGGACUUUUAAAUGGUGAUAUAUGUUGAAUAACAAAACAAUAUUUGAAUAUAUUUUGGUUAUGAUUUUCUGUGUUGAAAAUAUGAAGGAGUAUACAACCUCAUUGAUCAAACUGUCUUGCAUGGUGUUGACAUAUAUUUUUUAAUUGUUAAAUUCAGUACAAUAAAGAUUAAUGUGGAAUUUCAUAUUUUAUUAAGCCUAAAAAAGUCUGUAAUUUGAUGGGUUGACAAGGUAAUAGAAGCAGUUAUAAUUGUGCUAAUUCACAAUCAUACUACAGAGAUGUUUAUAUGUAUUUUAUAGGAAACAUGGUUUUGAUGUAGAUCGUAAUUUAGUAGAACAAGUGUAAGGACUGACCUCUUUACUUAUUACUCUAGAACUUGUAACAACUUCGGAAACAUCUUGCAUGUUUGCUUAGAUACCUUUACAUAUUUUUAAUGUGAUACAUUUUACUUUAAACUGUAGAUUGUUUUUACUUCAUAACUCAAGACUGAAGUUGAGUAAAGGGUUCUAAAUGAAUUUUUAUUAAUCCCUUUCAUCUUAUUUGUAAUGUCUUGAGAUUCACUGGCAGAUUUGUACUCUUUACAUUUGUUACAUGUGACUGUUUCAAAAUAUGCCUUCUGACACUGACUGAGAAAGUAAUUUUCAGUAAAUAUGAGCUUCUCUGGUAAUGCUCAUGAGAGGUGCUUAUUGUGAUUUGAAACCACUAAUUGACUGUGUGGUCAAUCGGAAUUCUAUAUUUUCGAUGGUGGUGUAUUGAGUCAGUGUCCAUUGAUUCAGUUACAUUCUCAGGAUUCUAUUCAAUGUUGACAGUGAUUUUACAUAAUGAUUCAUCCAUUGUGAUCACAACUCAUUGUAUUCAUACUCAUUGUAUACAACAUGAAUUUAUUUUGUUAUUUUACAACAGUUUUAUCAUUGUUUUAAGUAUGGAUCUAGUAUCAUAAAAUUAUAUCAAACAAC